CAACACUUGUGCUCCGAGCUUUCGUUUGCGCCAAACAUUGAUUCUUCUCUCUACAUCUCUCUACCUCCCACUACCAUCUCCCGCAGCAGCAUGGCCCGGAAGAAGAAAUGCAAGGGUCCAAACAAGGCCCCGGCUAAAGCGCCACGCAAGGCGUCACGCCCUCCCUGUCAACAAGUUGCGAGGCGUCAAUUCUCCAUGUUAGAUGAGGCCCGCUUCACUGCAAGCCACACGCACGCCUUUGACCCAGACCGGAAGUUAAGGUAUCUCAAGGUUAACUUUGUCAACGGGGGUAUGCUGGAGGGAACCAUUAAAGAAGCCAGCCCUAAGGUUACAGUUUCCUCCGCUCCACCAACCACCGAGUCUAACGCCAUGAGCCGCUUGGCCAUCAAGAGUCCAUCCCCUACCCUAUCUGGAUCAAGUGAAGACGAGAUCGUCUUCAAAGGAAGAGUCCCAGCGGCUCGCAUUCCACUGGCUACACCCUCGACUAUAUCUAUCACCAUGACGCCAGAGCCAUCUGCGUCAGAGUAUUCCAAAGGUCCUCCUCCAACAAUCGAUGAGCCUACUCUUGUCUCUCAGUGUGAGACAGACUCUGAUACCGAGAGUGUCAUACAAGACAUCUUCCAGAAGAGACUAGGUGGUAAAUCCAAAUGGGAAAUCAACACCACUGAGUGGGUUUCGAGAAGCAAAUCAGGUAUCGGCUGGCUCCCUGUCCACGAGCGACCAGAUAUAGACCUAUUCCUCCGUGGUGAAGUGAAUCCGUCUGCCGCUACUACGCACGACUAUAUGCCAGAUACGCAACAGCCUGAGGCCGAAAUUGAGGGUGGCGACGAGGCUGGUGACAUCAAGCCGGUGUCUACAUUUACUUGUCGUGACCUUGGUCUUGGCGCUGACAAUGACUGGGCCUCGAAGAGCUUAGGGAAGAAGCAGCAAGAUGGCAAUGAAUGGGAUGAUGGCAUGCUACGAGAUCUAGGUGACUUAAGCACGUCAUCGGAUGUCAUGGACACGGUGGAACGCAUCCUUUCCUCCCGGGAACGAAAGAGCGGGAUGCAGUACCUGGUUGUGUACGAAGGCUCGACGGCAGACGAUGCUCAUUGGCUCCCUACCACCCUUCUCAACAAACCGACAGACCUUAAACUCAUUGAAGCAUUCACACUUGAGCACUUGUCUCAUCAACGACAAUCCAACAGUGACACCGGCAACUCCGAUCUGGGGGACGAGGACGAGGAUGAGGACGAGACGGAAACCGAAGAAGAUAUCCCACUAGAUGACGAGCAUUUAGCGAGGAUCCUAGCUAAACAGGAAAAGCUCGGACUCGGAUCGGACGAAGUGUUAUUGUUGGGUCAUGAUGAUUUCUUUAAUGGCCCAGGAAAUGGCCUGACUUCGCCACCAAUGCUCUCUAUUAGCAGAUCUUGGAAGAAGCAACAGCAACAUGUUAAUGGCUCUAGCUCCCUCCCUGGCCUAAAUUUCCCAUCCGCGUCCGUGAUGGCUGACGUUUUGGAAGCGGAUCCCUACAAUGGGUUCGAUGUCAUGGACACUGAACGCCCAUCUUUGAAGCCAAAGAAGAAGGGUCGAAGAGGCCAACUCCCUCCAGAACUUUCUGAUUCCGGCUUGAGUGAGCACCUUCGAAACUCUUGGGAGGCAGAUCGCACUAAGAAACGCCUGAAAAAAGCAGAGCGAGAAGAGCUCAGGAAACAGGGCCUUCUUGGCAGACAGGGGAAAGCUCCGGACCUCAGUGUCAAAUACGAUGACGGCUUUACCAUGGCGCAGAUCGUGGAGGAGAUCCGUGACUUUCUCUUCUCGCGCAGGUCAAGUUGCUCAAUGCCCCCGAUGGAUGCAACGCAACGCGCUGUCGUUCACCAGUUCGCUGGAAAGAUUGGUUUGACCUCCAAGUCCCGUGGAUCUGGUCAGGAUCGCUUUACUGUCCUGUCUAAAACCCUUCGCACGAAACCAAUUGAUAACGACAUGUUUGACUCGCUCGUCGAACAAAAGCGCUACAAAGUUCGCUUUCAGGGCAGUUUGAGAGGUACUCUACGGAAAAGGGAAGUCAAAGUCCAUCAAAGGGCGUUCUAUAAGGACGGCGAUACAGUAGGUGCUUCAGCGCCGGAGCUCGGUCCUGAGAAUAAGGGUCGCGCUCUAUUGGAGAAGAUGGGUUGGAGGAAAGGAACUGCUCUCGGGGCUCUCGACAACAAGGGUAUUUUGCAACCGAUUGCUCACACCGUGAAGACUAACAAGGCAGGCCUGAAAUAAUUUCGCGUUGUUCAUCCUUUUCCUCGCAAUUAAAGUUGAAGAUCUAUUAGAUGGAGGAUUUCCUAAUCAGCGGUCUUCGUUAAGCCUUGCAUAUAUCACGCAGUGUUCGAUUCGGGCUGUUGUUCAGUAGCUGUACUCCAUCAAUGCAGCACCCUGGUCUUUGCAUCCUAUUGUACCAUUCACGAUUUCAGCUUGAAGUCGUUAUGAUAAAUCCCAUCUGUAAUUCCCUAGUAAGGCUUAUAACAGCAUCUCUAAGGCAUCUUCGUAGUUUACGGCGUUUCUAUACUGGACUUAUAUGGUCUCCCAACACCUGGCGUCUUGCUGCACUAGCCGACAGGCUCUGUUUUGGCGCCUCUUUAUUCUUCUACAUUGAGGUUCACAAAAAAAAAGCGCCCAGGUGGCCGAGCCUCCUACUCUGGUCUUUUCAGAGUAUUAUUUAACCUUUCAUGGGAUUUUUGUACGGUUUGAGAGACGAUUUGUCGUGUGAAG